GUAUCGUAUCGUAUCGAAAUUCGUGUACCUAAAUAUAGCCGCCUAUUCGAAACAAAAAUUGAUAAAAAUGCGACGAAGUAUGGCUCCUAGCCAAAAUCGGGAAUUUAAAUUACAUCCAUGUUGCGAUUUUACACCACCCCUUCAAAACAAACGAAAACGUAGGUGUCCGGAGGAAAAUUUGGUAAAUAAAACUCGGAGUCCGCGCGUCGUGCCAAUAAGUGAAUAUGAACAAGCAAUCGCCAAGAUACUUUCGCGGCCAUUUAAAGUGCCUAUCGCUGACUAUGUGCCAGAUUACAAUGGUGGUAAUCGAUGCCUUGGGAUGCGGCGCAGCAAUGUACGAAAGGCAUUGCACGAUCCACAUGCGUGCAAUGCUUUGGUAUUGCAUAUUCCUCCCAAUUAUACAGAACAUCAACGCAUUACAUUGGAUGCUAACAAAAUACAAGUACAUGUAGUAGUUGAUCCACUACUAAGCAAUAUUCUGCGCCCACAUCAGCGCGAAGGGGUUCGUUUCAUGUACGAAUGCGUCCAAGGGCUUCGUGGUGUAUUCAAUGGCUGUAUUAUGGCCGAUGAAAUGGGUUUAGGGAAGACUUUACAAUGUGUAACACUAGUAUGGACGCUACUUCGACAGAGUCCUGACUGCAAGCCGACCAUUUCAAAGGUUAUCGUAGUGUCACCAUCAUCAUUGGUCAAAAACUGGGAAAAAGAGUUCACUAAAUGGUUGCAUGGGCGCUUACAUUGUCUUGCUAUUGAAGGUGGCGCAAAAGAAGACACAAUUCGUGCACUGGAACAGUUUGUGGUGGAUAGCGGACAACGCUGUGGUGCCCCAGUACUAUUGAUCAGCUAUGAAACCUUUCGCAUUUAUGCAAAUAUUCUAUGUCGUAAUGAAAUGGGCAUGGUUAUCUGUGAUGAAGGUCACCGCUUGAAAAAUAGUGAUAAUCUGACAUAUCAAGCUCUUAUGGGGUUGAAGACAAAGCGACGAAUUUUACUCUCUGGCACACCAAUACAGAACGAUCUAACUGAAUACUUUAGUUUAGUAAACUUCGUAAAUCCGGAAAUGUUGGGCUCAGCGACGGACUUCAAGCGAAAUUUUGAAAAUGCUAUACUACGUGGCCAAAACGCAGAUUCUACAGAUAAAGAACGCGAGCGAGCAGUAGAGAAAACACAGGAGCUAAUAGGUCUUGUGAAUCAAUGCAUCAUACGCCGCACGAAUCAGAUAUUAACAAAAUAUUUGCCUGUUAAGUUUGAAAUGGUAAUAUGUGCGAAACUUACUCAAAUGCAAAUGGAUUUGUAUAGAAACUUCAUAAAAUCAGAUAAAAUACGAAGAAGUCUUACAGAUUGCAAUGAAAAGACCUCUCUAACUGCUCUUGCCAACAUCACGACGAUGAAAAAACUGUGUAGUCACCCAGAUCUAAUUUACGAAAAGGUUUUGGCACGCGAGAAUGGUUUCGAAAACUCUCAAGAUUUCUUUCCUGCAAACUAUAAUCCAAAGGAGUUUAAUCCAGAAUUGAGUGGUAAAUUUAUGCUCCUGGACUUCAUGCUAGCGUCUAUACGCACAAACAGUGACGAUAAGGUAGUCCUUAUUUCGAACUAUACACAAACACUAGAGUUAUUCGAAAAACUUGCGCGUAAAAGAAGGUACACCUACGUUCGGCUUGAUGGUUCCAUGACCAUCAAGAAACGCAGCAAAGUUGUGGAUAAGUUCAACGAUCCGCUAUCCGAUUGUUUUCUCUUUAUGUUGAGUUCCAAGGCUGGUGGCUGUGGUUUGAAUUUAAUUGGCGCGAACCGUCUUUUCAUGUUCGAUCCAGAUUGGAAUCCGGCAAAUGAUGAGCAGGCAAUGGCUCGAGUUUGGCGGGAUGGACAAAGGAAACCAUGUUACAUAUAUCGUUUGGUUGCUACAGGCUCGAUUGAAGAAAAAAUACUACAACGACAAACUCACAAAAAAUCACUGUCAAGCACUAUAAUCGAUCAUAAUGAGAGUGACGAAAAGCAUUUCACACGUGACGAUCUGAAAGACCUAUUCCGAUAUGAAGAAGAUAUCCUUUCCGACACGCAUAUAAAAUUAAAAUGCAAACGCUGCGUAAAUAACAUACAAAUGCAACCACCUCCUGAGGAUAGUGAUUGUACAUCUCAUUUGUCGCAAUGGUAUCAUUGCUCGAACAAUAAAGGACUGUCGGACAGUACAUUAUCGCAGGCAUGGCUAACAAGUAAAUGUGUUUCUUUCGUUUUCCACCAUCGAUCGCAAAUUGAGGUACAGCCAAAGGAGGAAUCUACAGAUAAAGAAAGUAUGCAGGUCGAUUGUGGUAAGGAAAAUAUGAAUAAAAAACAUAGUAAGUGCAAAAAGGAUGUGGAUGACGACUACUCCGAUUAUGAACCAGAUGAUCCAGCUGAUAGUGAUUAUGAGUAGAUUUAUGACGCGUGUAUUUUGCUGCCCUAUUAGAAAUGGUUACUAUAAGUAGUACAAAUCCAUAGUUCAUAAACACUUGUAUAUCGUUACCUUAAUAUACAUAGAAAAGCCCUAUCUCACAUCGUCGCUGAAAUACAAAACGCAGUUUGAUUGAUUGUGAUACUUUAAUAAUUCGCGCAACACUGCUCGAACAAGGCCUUAGUUAUGGCUUUUUGCAUAUCAGCGACGAUGUGGGUAUAUUAAGGUAACGAUAUGUACAUGUUCUGAACAGUUAAAACGUUCGCAAAGUUAUAUGUAAAGCCGAAUUUCAUUUUAAUAUAAUUUAGGCAGGUACUGCAAUUCACUCCGGAGUGAAUUUCAACCAAAGUCACUUUGAAUUCAAAUGAAUGGGAGGUGAAUUGCAGAACCUACUUCAUUAAACAUAUACAAAUAAUGAGGUAAGAAUGAUAGAAUACAAGAUUGCGCCGUCCUGGCGGCGACGACAUUUUUCAAGUAAAAGUAAACAAAGCCGAAUAGGAGGAUAGAACAAACUGUUAGAAGAGUAAAUUUUCUUAUAUUCAAAUUUUCGAUAGAAAACGUGGUUUAAUUGUGUUAAAUUGUAAAGAUAUAUCAUUUAUA